AUCUCGCAGUUCACCGACCACACACACACACAUUUUACACGCACUCCCGGACAGGGGACACGCCGAGAAGGGCGAGCUGGACUCUCUGCCCUGGUUUAUCCAUUUAUGACCAGCAUUAUCCACUAUUUGACCCUUUUAUGCAAGAGAAUCGAGCGUUUUUGUACUUUUCAACCAGCUGUUGAUUCAAAGUGGACCACGGAAACAAAGACACACGACAACCGGACUGCUGAACCAAACGCGACUUUCCCUAGCAAAUGUGGUUUUAUUUGUGAUUUUUUUUGAUGAAUCACGCGUGUUAAGAUGGACGUAAGGCUGCUCCUGAUUUCAGUUCUGCUUGGACUCAGCAGGGCACAACAAGAUGGUAAUGAAUGCACCAAGGCUUCAGCCCAGUCCUGUGGCGAAUGCAUUCAGGCCGGAGAAAAGUGUGGCUGGUGUACAGAUGAGGGCUUUCUGAAACAGGGAGAGCAGAAAUCCACACGCUGUGAUGAGAUCGAGGCUCUAGUGAAGAAGGGCUGCUCCCUGACCAGCAUAGAAAACCCUCGUGGAAAGAUAACCAUCGUCAAGAACCAGCCUGUAACAAACCGCACAAAAAAUGGAGCAAAACUGAAGCCAGAUCAGAUCACCCAGAUUCAGCCUCAGCAGCUCAGCCUGAACCUCAGAGCGGGCGAAGCGCAGACGUUUACUCUGAAAUUCAAGAGGGCUGAGGAUUACCCCAUAGACCUCUACUACCUGAUGGACCUCAGCUACUCUAUGAAAGAUGAUUUAGAGAACGUCAAAAACCUGGGAACCGACCUGAUGAAAGAAAUGCAAAAGAUCACAUCUGACUUCAGGAUUGGCUUCGGCUCUUUUGUGGAGAAAACUGUGAUGCCAUAUAUCAGCACGACACCGGCCAAACUUCUGAACCCCUGCACAUCAGACCAGAACUGCACCAGUCCGUUCAGCUAUAAGAAUGUGCUGAGUUUGACCAAUGACGGCUCUCAGUUUAAUAGCCUUGUGAGCAGGCAGCAGAUCUCAGGAAACCUGGACUCACCCGAGGGAGGCUUCGACGCCAUCAUGCAAGUGGCCGUCUGUGGGAAUCAGAUCGGCUGGAGGAAUGUAACUCGUCUCCUUGUGUUUUCCACGGACGCUGGAUUCCACUUUGCUGGAGACGGAAAACUGGGCGGCAUCGUGCUUCCUAAUGACGGGAAAUGCCAUCUGCAGGAUAACAUUUACACCAUGAGCCAUUACUACGACUAUCCAUCAAUUGCACAUCUCGUUCAGAAACUGAGUGAAAACAACAUCCAGACCAUUUUUGCUGUAACCGAGGAGUUCCAGCCUGUUUACCAGGAGCUGAAAAACCUUAUUCCCAAGUCAGCAGUGGGAACGCUUACCUCCGACUCCAACAAUGUGAUCAAGCUCAUUAUUGAUGCAUAUAAUUCUCUGUCCUCUGAGGUGAUUCUGGAAAACAGCAAGCUACCUGAUGGUGUGUCCAUCUCCUACGUCUCCCACUGCAAGAACGGAGUGAGUGGAACAGGAGAUAAUGGGAGAAAGUGCUCCAACAUCUCCAUCGGGGACGAGGUGGCAUUCGAGGUGGCGAUCACAGCAAAAGGCUGUCCAUUGAAUGGAAAGUCUGAGACCAUGAAGAUUAAACUGCUGGGCUUCACUGAGGAGGUGGAGGUCGUCCUCAACUUCAUCUGUGAAUGUGAGUGUCACAAAGACGGGAUCAAAAACAGCCCGGUGUGUCAUUUUGGCAACGGUACCCUGGAGUGUGGAGCGUGCAGGUGUAAUGAGGGGCGCAUCGGCAGGGUUUGUGAAUGUAGCAAAGACGAGGUGAGGACUGAAGAUCUAGACGCAAACUGUCGUAUGGAUAAUGGCACAGACAUCUGCAGCAACAAUGGAGACUGCGUUUGUGGAACAUGUGAAUGCAAGAAAAGAGACAACCCUGAGGAGAGAUACAGCGGAAAGUUUUGCGAAUGCGACAACUUUAACUGCGAUCGCUCAAACAACAAGCUCUGUGGAGGUCACGGUCGGUGUGAUUGCAGAAAGUGUAUCUGUGAUGCUAACUACACAGGCAGCGCGUGCGACUGCUCUCUGGACACCUCCACCUGUCUGGCCAGCAAUAAACAGAUCUGUAACGGCCGCGGCAACUGCGAAUGCGGCGCCUGUAAAUGUACCGACACUAAGUUUCAGGGUCCGACUUGUGAAAUCUGCCCAACGUGCCCUGGAGUUUGUACUGAACACAAGGAUUGCGUCGAGUGCCGGGCAUUUGGUACCGGUGACAAGAAAGACACAUGCGAGGAGCAAUGCAGCUAUUUUACUAUGAAGGUUGUGAAAAAGAAAGACGAUCUUCCUCAACCCAACGAUCAGCCAAUCAUCAAUCACUGCAAAGAGAGAGAUGCCAAUGACUGCUGGUUCUUCUUCACUUACGCCACCAGAAACGACAGCAGUGUUAUGGUCCAUGUGGUCGAGGAGCUUGAGUGUCCCUCUGGCCCUGACAUCAUCCCCAUUGUAGCGGGUGUGGUCGCAGGAAUCGUUCUGAUUGGUUUAGCCCUUCUGCUCAUCUGGAAGCUGCUCAUGAUUAUUCAUGACCGCAGAGAGUUUGCCAAAUUCGAGAAGGAGAAAAUGAAUGCCAAGUGGGACGCGCAAGAGAAUCCCAUAUACAAGAGCCCCAUAAAUAAAUUCCAGAAUCCAAGUUAUGGAAAUAAAGGCGUCACGCUCUGAGGUGAAAACCCCAUUUACAAGAGCGCUGUGACAACGGUGGUCAACCCUAAAUAUGAGGGCAAAUAAUGGACAAACGUGUCCAUCUCCAAUCAACACUGUAUGCAGAACAAUUCAAGAGGAACAGAAGCGUUGAAGUUCACUUUGUUUCUUUACUUUUUUAUUUUUGCAUUUUUUAAAACCACCUAUUGGCUGUGCAUUUGCCACUGUUCAGUAUAAUCAAUUAACCUGUGUUUCUAUGCAUCCUUUAGAAACUGUACAGUAUGUAUAAACUUGAGUUUUUACUUUUUUAUGCAAAAAAAAUUCUGAUGUUCAGUUUCGAUUUUUAGUCACAGAUCUGCCUUGUUUUUCUGAAUGUUUAAAGCCGUCGCAUUGGGAUAGAUGACCGGGGUUUUGUAGGUAAGAUAAGGUCAAGUAUGUAUUAAGAAUGUUGUCUGAGACACAAUAGAUGAUAUUUAAGAAACGCUCUACUUUUUUUAAAAUAGGCUGUUUUUACAAGCCUCAAAGUGUUAAACAACUGAGUUUUACCUUGUUGAAUCCAUUCAGUCUGGCAGGAGCACUUUUAGCUUAGCUUAGCAUAAAUCAUUGAAUCGGAUUAGACCAUUAGCAUCUCGCUCAAAGUCAAAAAGUCAUCUUUUCUAUUUAAAACUUGACUCAUUUUCUAGUUACAUUGUGUAAUAAGACUGAUGGAAAAUGAAAAGUAGCUAGCUGUGGGCUAUUUUCAGGUUUUGUAUAAUAUCAUUGUGACUGCUGCAGCCAUGGUAUGGCAGCAAAGUUCUUUGAUUAUUACUCCAGAACGAAAGUAUAGUUCCUGGCCAUAUCAGUCUAUGGAAAAUAGCAGCUUUCCAUUAGAAUUUUUACUUUUUUCAUGCAAUCUUUGAAAAUCUCAAUGUUCAAUCUCAAUUUUUUGUCACAGAUCUGCCUUGUUUUUUCUGAAUGUUAAAAGCCGUCACAUUUGGAUAGAUGACAGGGGUUUUGUAGGUAAGAUUAGAUCAAGUAUGUAUUAAGAAUGUUGUCUGAGACCCAAUAGAUUGAUAUUUAAGGAACACUCCACUUUUUUGGGGGGAAAAUAGGCUGUUUUUUUACAAGCCUCCAAGUGUUAAACAACUGAGUUUUACCGUAUUGAAUCCGUUCAGUUGAUCUCUGGGUCUGGUGGGAGCGCUUUUAGCUUAGCUUAGCAUAAAUCAUUGAAUCAGAUUAGACCAUUAGCAUCUCGCUCAGUCAAAAAGUCAUUUUUCCUAUUUAAAACUUGACUCAUUUUGUAGUUAUGCUGUGUAAUAAGACUAAUGGAAAAUUAUAUGUGGAGACUAUUUUCAGGUUUUGUAUAAUAUCAAUGUGACUGCUGCAGUCAUGGUAUGGCAGCAAAGUUCCUUGAUUAUUACACCAGAACAAAAGUAUAGUUCCUAGCCAUAUCAGCCUAUAGAAACUAGCAACUUUCCAUUGAGUUUUUACUUUCUUUAUGCAAUCUUUGAAUGUCAAUAUUCCGUUGACUUUUAGUGUCAGAUCUGCCUUGUUUUUCUUAAUGUUAAAAGCUGUCGCAUUUGGAUAGAUGGCAGAGGUUUUGUAGGUAACAUAAGGUCAAGUAUGCAUUAAGAAUGUUGUCUAAGACUCAAUAGAUUGAUAUUUAAGGGACGCUCCACUUUCCUUUUGGAAAUAGGCUUCUUUUACCAGGCUCCAAGAGUAUUAUUAAAUCCAUCCAGUUGAUCUUUUGCUCUGGCAGCAGCACUUUUAGCUUAGCUUAGCAUAAAUCAUUGAAUCGGAUUAGACCAUUAGCAUAAAAAAAAUUUAAGAAGUUUUUCUUACUUAAAACUUGACCCAUUUUGUAGUUUCAUCGUGUAAUAAGACAGAUGGAUAAUGAUAGGUAGCGAGCUGUGGACUAUUUUCUGGUUCUGCAUAAUAUCACAACUGCAGACAUUGUACAGCAGCAAAAUUCCAUGAUUAUUACGCUACAAUGAGAAUGUAGUUCCUAUCCAUAUCAACUUAUAGAAAAUAAUAACUUUUCAUUUCCCAUUGGACUUAGCACAUGUUGUGACUACAAAAGAAUCGAGCUUAAAAUAGGAAAUAUCGAAACUCUUAAAUGUUUUGAGUUGGAUGCUAAUGGUCUAAUCUGAUUCAAUGAUUUAUGCUAAGCUAAGCUUAAAGUGCUUCUGCCAGACCCAGAGUUCAGCUGAAUAGAUUCAAAAAUGAUAAAAGUCACCUAUUUAACACUAGGGGAUUUGUAAAAUGUGUCUUAAAGAGCAGUGUUCCUUUAAUGGAUAUUCAUGCAUCAUUUAGUAAUUAGUUGAGUGUUAGAAACAGUUUGUGUCUUAUGAUGGUACAGGAAACUUUGUGAAUUAACGAAUGGAUGGGGUGUCCUGUCACUGGUAUAGUAGGUAACUGUAGCGGACCGUUGCUGUUCGUACACAUGGUGCUUUUUUCAUGUAGACUCUGCAUACGUCGUCUGCAUAAUUCUGGCUGAUUUGAGUCCAGUCUAUAAUGCUUAGGUCUGUGUGAGUCUGGAUGUGUGUGUGCUCACAUUGCCUUGCUUUGAUCUGCGAGUCAGAUGAUUUAGUGACCUUUUUUAUUGCGCUCACUAAUGAUUUUGAGUCUAAAAUGGACAGAUUUAGUAUCAUGCAAACCAAUCGUUGUAAAGGUAUUGAGUGUUUGAUUGAAAUGCCUUCCGCUUUGCAACAUCUGAGUUGUUCAGAAAAUGUCAGAGGGAUUUUUUUGGCCACUGUCUGUGAAUGGAACAAUCAACCUGUGGUUAGUGCAGACAUUAGUGUAAUGCCAUGAAAAGAUCUUCAGGUUUUAGAUUUGUUUGAGGAAUGAAACUCAGGUCCUGGAUUUUCUCUAUCACUGAUGCCAAAUAUUUACGUCUACUGUGCAAGAACUAUAUUUUAAUGUUGUUUCUUUUAGUGUCUCCAUGAGUGGAGUUGUUUCACAUUUCUUUUUUCUAAUUUAAUUUGUCCAUUUUUAACUGCAUUAGAUUAUGGUUGGUUGGUAAAGAUCAGUGUUAUAAAAAAUAAUGACAUGUUUUUCCAUUUAUUUUUAUUUUUUUUUUUGCUUGUAAAAAUGUAAUCAUGUUACACACAAAUUAGCAUUUUAAAGUGCCUUUUUCAUUUUUGCAUCAAGCCCACUGUCUGUUUCUACUAGUUAUUUAUUGAAAUAAAGAGCCCAAAACACUGGA